AUGGAUAAUACUAGAACAAGAACUUCUAUUGGGGAGUUCUCUAUGAACAACAGACUUGGAUUAGGGAAAUUUAAAGGAGAGGUGAUACACUACAAGAACUACAAAUCUGGUUUAAAAUAUAAAUCAAAAUAUUUUUUGGUUGUUGGGUGUGGUAACUCGAGAAUGGAGAUUGCAUACGAUCUCCAUAACUGCGGUGCUAACACUUCCAUUGUCAUUCGAAAUCCGGUUCAUGUCUUCACCAGAGAUAUGAUUCGUCUAGGGAUGUACAUUGUGCAAUAUUUUACUGUCUAUAUUGCGGAUACAAUCAUUACUUUUCUGGCUAAACUAAAAUACGAUGUUCUAUCCAAAUACGGGAUUCAUCGUCCUAAAUACGGACCUUUGUAUCUCAAAAAUAUUAUAGGAAAAUCAGCUGUUAUUGAUGUUGGAACCGUUGAAAAAAUUAAGGAAGGAGCUAUAAAAGUUGUUCCUUCGGGUAUAAAGGAAAUCAAGAAGAAGAAUGUUAUGUUUGAAAAUAACAUGGAGAAAGAGUUUGAUGCCAUCGUGUUUGCUACCGGCUACAAAAGUGUAGCUAAUGGAUGGCUAAAGGAUUACCAAUAUACUCUUAAUGAGAAAGGAUUCCCUAAAAAUCCUUUUCUAAAACAUUGGAAGGGAGAUAAUGGAUUAUACUGUGCAGGACUAGCAAGAAAAGGUUUGUUUGGAGUCAAAAAGGAUGCUGAGGCAAUUGCAGAAGACAUCAACUGA